UGCACAGAAAAAACACGCCAGUGAAUAAUGUUAAAGGAGAGAAAGAAGCAAAGAAAACCAUCAAGAGAUUGUCUUUUAGAGAGCCAGAAGCUGAAGUAGUUCAUCACUCCGGAGAAAGAAAGUUAAAAGAACCUAAACAACUUCAUUCUCAAAUUCAUUCAAGUGGAAGUUUGGAAAACUUGAAAUUGGAGGCAGAAGCCAUGAGAAUAGUACGCUCUGUGAGUCGAGCGUUUGAAGCCUUCCAUAAGCCCAGCUUAGCUCUUGCAACUUCAAGUGGGGAAAGCCAACAAGAGUUUCAUGAGGAUGCUAACAGAGGUGACUCAUUACAGCCUCCAAAUAAAAGUUGUUUAAUUGGAGUGAGUACCUCAGAACCUGGUAGGUUGAACAACCAUGCUGGGGAACAAUGUAAAAGUAUCACUGCCCUUACACUUUGUAAACAACAACCCAGUUCUGCAUUAUCUACAAAAAUAGCUCCUAAUAUUACGGACCUUCAGGCAGAAGAAAUGUCUCUUUCUCCUUUGAAUGAUAAUGUAGGGACUGUGAGUAGCAGAAUGUCAGUUAGUGUUUACCAUGAAAUGCAGCUACUUCAAGAGCAGUUAAAACAACAGUCUCAGCAGACGCAGGCUGCACUUUCUCAGGUUCACAUGUUGAAAGAUCAGCUAGCUGCUGAAAACUCGGCUAGAUUGGAGGCUCAGUCUCAGAACCAUCAAUUAAUGGUACACAAUAAGCAGCUUUUGGAGCACAUUCAGAGUUUAGUACAACAUAUCAAAGUGCUGGAGAAGAAAGCUAACCAAUGGGAAGCAGAAAUCUCUCCUAUGGUGGGUGGACUCGCUUCUCUUCAGCUUACUGAAAACAGCCCUUGUUCAAGGUUCAGUACUGGUGGAAAUGGUUCGUUGAAAGCCAUACAGUCUUCAUCAGCAUCAGCCAGUCCUUCUCCACAACAACAGCCUAUUAGAAGCAGUAGCUCAACAGCUUUUGUAUCCUCAGAGAGUCCCAAAACACACAGCUGGUCUGAAGAUAAAUUUUCUACCUUUCUCACUAGUAUGUCUCAACCUAAUAGCCCAUCCCGUGUUAGCUUUACUUCUUCAUACAGUGACCCACCUCUUUCUUCUCUGUCCACACUUCCUGUUGUAGCAUCAUCUGAUUCUAGUAAGAUAACUGUCAUGGCUAAUAGUGCUAACGUUGCAUCCAAUUUGUCCCCAACUACAACUGUUUUACCGACUUUAACCCUAGAUUUACCUGAUACAAAUAAAAAUUGUAAAUCCUCAUCUGAUAUUUCUACUGGAAGUCACCAGAGGGACCAUUUAGGUCAGUUGUCAGACUUUUCCAUAUGGAAUUUUUUACCUAAAACUCACCCAGGUCUUUCUUCAACAACUGAAAGUUAUGGAAACCAGUGCAGCUUCUCUAAUACUUCAGAUACUUUUUUAACCCAAGUUACUGAUGAUAUUUUAAAGCUAGAUCUUCGUGACCCACAGCAAAUUUUAUCAGAGACAGAAAAUAUUAGGAGUAGUACAAGUUGCAUAAAGUCUUCUCAGGGUAUACUUACAAAAGCUGACAGAAAAUAUUGGAUGUAAUGCAAGUUUUGUAAGGUCUUCUCAGGUGCCUCAAAAAAAAAAGUGACAGAAAGUAAUGGGAGCAAUACGUAUUGCAUAAAGUCUUCUCAGGUGCCUUACAAAAGCUGACAGCAAAUAUAGAAAGCAAUGUGAGGUGCCUCACAAAGGAUGAAAAAAAAUUGGAAGUAGUGCAAGUCUUGUAAGUUCUUCUCAGGGUACUCAUGAAAACUGAUAGUGAAUAUUGAAAGUAAAAAAAGUCCCAUUAGGUUUUUAUGUGCUUUUAAAAAAGUGACAGAAAAUAUUUGGAGUAAUGCAAGUUUUGUAAAGUCAUCUCAGCUGCAUCACAAAAGCUCUCAGAAAAUACUGGAUAUAAUAAAUGUGCAAAUUCUAUACAGGUGCUUCAUAAAAAUUGAAAAUAAUAUUGGAAGAAAUGCAAAUCCUGUAAGAUAUUUUUAGGUGCCUCACAAAAGCUGAUAGUAAAUAAUGAAGUGAUGCAAGCACCACAUGGUCUUCUCAGGGUACUGAAAAAAGGUACAGAAAAUACUAGAAAUAAUGUGAGUGCUGUAAAGUCUUCUCAGGUGCCUUAUAAAAACUGCUUUUUUGUGUGCUGUUGGUAGUUAUUAAAAUGUAUUAUUACUUCUUAUGUUGAUGAUUAGACAUAUGAUCGUGUUUUACAUUCUGUGUAAGUCUCAGAAUUGUGUAAAUGGCAUAGAAGUGCUAGUUUUAUCUUUGUUUAAUUCAGAAAGGGUAGGCCAGAAGUAAUAGUAUUUUCCAGGAGCUGGUACUUUAUGUGAUGUUAUUGUAUGAAUUAUGUUUUGCAUUUAUCAAAAAAAUGCAUAAAUAUGAUUUACCAGAAGUUACAGAAGUGUCUGGAGAACUUUUUGUUUUGUUCUUUUUUUACUAAAAAAAGUAUAGCCAUCAGAAAAUACGUGCAAAAUAUUGCAGACCUUAAUGCAAUCUUAUCUUUUCCAGAUUAAGAAAGAAAAAAUAGUUUUGUUUUUGUCUCCAUAUUUUUUCCUUAAAAAAAGCAUUUUCUUAGCAGUAACCUAGAUUUUACAUAAAAGCAGAAUUUUUGUAAUUUAAUAUGAGAGAUUGAAGUUUACUAACUUCCCCAUCCGGUGUAAAGUUACUAAAGGUGUACCAAUAUGACUAUUCAGUAAUUGUCCGAUAUGCUGAUAUUUUAAUGUUAUAGGAGUGAUUACAGAUUUUGUUACUGAUAUUUGACACAUGUGGCUUACAAUAGUUAGUAUUAGGUACAAUCAAGCACAUAUACACAUGUUUCACUAUGCAAGUUUAAUAUUUAAAACCUACAACAGGUAAAUUGUAUUUAAUAGACAGUAACACCUCAGCUUUCUCAGCACAUGGUCAUCAUAAAUAUUAACAGCUCCAGAGAAGAGUCUCGCUGAAUGGACACUUGUAGGUGAUGUACUAAGGUAUGUCUAUAUGUAUAUAUAGCUAUCUUAGUUAAGAUAGGAUAUUGUAGCUUGUUACUGUCCCACCAGGUAUAGGGAUUAUCCUCUUGAUAUUUAAUUAAGGGUUCCCACAAGUAGUUGUUUACCAUGCAUUCCUUUCCUUUCCCAGUAUCUGUGGAUUCUCUUGGGUCUUCUAAAAUUUCGGCCAAGCAUUCCCAUACUUUGCUAGUAGAUUUAGAUCCAUUAUUGAGUAGUUGUUUCUUUUUAGCGGCUUAACAUCACUGUCCUCUGUAGAUUCUGCACACAUCUCUAUCAGAAGUCUUUUAGUCAUUCAGAAAAAAAAAACUUGUUCUUUGGAUCCAAUGCUGUGGCAUCAACUAAUUCCUCUCAUUCUUCAAGUUCACUAAGUCUUCGUUUCAGUGCACUUAACAUCUCUGACUUUGUAUGGAUUCCUGAGUCAUCAUCAGGUUUAUUCAGUGUCUAGAGCUCUCAACAAAGGUAUUGGUAUUAGUACAGAUGCUACUGCUGUAUCAGUAGAUGUCAUUUUUGAUAUUUCCUCUACAGGUUUCAGUACUGCAAUUAUUUUUCUGGUCAGCUCAAGUUGAUGAGAAGUUAACAUACUGAUGGCAUCAUAUUCAGUUGCAUAUGCAACCAGUGCCAUUUUUUGCCUGUAAACUGAUUGCAACAUGUAAAGGGUUGAGUUCCACCAUGUUGGUUCAUCCUGUACCAACAUGUGUUUUUCCAUGCUUAACUUCUUUUAUUUCAUUCAGUCAAUGAUAGGCUAAAGUAAAGUGUCCAACAAGUCUGCGAGAUACAGCCAAGACAUCAGUCACUGAUCGCUGUGAGAAUACUCCUUCGUGCAUGAAACCAGCUGGAAGUGUAUGUACAAAGCAUCUCAAGCUGGGCAGAUGCACAUCUCAUGUGGCUUUCAUCAUAUUACUUACAUUGUCAUGCAAUAUUAAAUGAAUUCUCUCCUUGCUAGUGGCCCAAUUCUGUAACAUAUUCUUCAGUUUUUCACACAAGUAUUCACCAGUAUGAGACUCUUCACAUUUAUGUGCAUGCAACACAGCUAAUAUUCUAUUAAAAUCUUUGGUAAUCCAGUGGGCUGUUAAACUAAUCCAAGAUUCAUGAGCUAUGUUGUAGCUCCAAAUAUCUGUAGUAAGACUCAAGUAUGGUACAUAACAGUUUACUGUCAAUAUUUGUUUUAAUAUUUGGUACAAAAUUUUCAGAAAAAUACUUAAGACUUGAUAUAACAUACCUAGGCUCAAGGAUUUUAAUGAGAUGAUUAAAUCUAGUGCCAUUUCCAUCUGAAAAGAUCUGGUAAUCAGUAGCAAUCAUUUAGCUUACUAACUGGUGAAUAUGCAGUGCAUGAGGAUCAUUGAUAUUCCAUACUUUAACUUUAGCCACUGUUUUCAUCGUAGAAAGCUGUCAAAAACCUGCAGUUCUUUCUGUUUCUUCUUUCAUUUCAGUUCUCUUCUUCUUUUUUUUCUUCUUCUUUGUAAUCACUAUAAUCCACAGGGUGUUUUUUUUUUAAUAUGAUCAAUAAUGUUGGUAGUAUUAAAACUUUUAACAGAACUCCCACCACAAGAUAUGUAAUCUUUACAAACACUAAACUUAUCACUGUCUUCACAAACAGUAAAUUAAUCUUAUAACUGCUUUUACUUGUGGCAUUUUUAUAAAACAAAAGAACAAAAUGGUGAUGCCACACAAAGGUAAGUAUGCAUGCACAUAUGAGUAUGGUGCAUAGUUUAUUGAUAAGCCAGUAUCUAUGCAGAUAUGGAUAUUAAUAUUGGUACACCUUUAAAAGUUAUACAUGGCUAUGGUUAUUUCCAACAUUUAAUGCUGUAGAAAUGGUAUGCAUGUAUAUAUCUUUUUAUUCAAAAAGUAACCUUGCAUCUUUCUACUUCGAACAUAACCAAAGUAAUUGAUACAACUUCACUGUAUGAAUUUAAAAAAUGUGUAAAGUUUAAAUGGCAACACCACCUUUUGACAGUGGUUGACAUUUUGAUGUCUUUCAAGUUUUUAAUAGUUAUUUUUAAUGGUUUUUUUUUAAUUAUCUUAUUAUUUUUAAAGUUUCAUAUUUACAAUGUAAUCAGGCUACAUUUAUUCAAAUCAUGAAGCAAAAAAUCAGAACUGAUAUAUCAUUUGUAAUAGAUGGGUACAAGAAUAACUUUCCAUAUUAUACUUUGGAUUUGUUUUUACAACCACAUAUGGGGAGUAUUACUUCUUAUUUCCCAUAAAAUGUGAUAUUAAAGCCUUACAUUCUUGUUUUAAGCUACCAGUGAGUUAAGAAGUCAUCAGAGGUUAUUGUAUUUCAGUUAUUAUUUUGAAGUAAAUGAUGGAAAGGAUGUAGCUGACUUGUGACGUGUUAAAUUUUGUAUUUUUAGCAGUUUAUUUCUUGUGAUGUGUUUCUUCCUGUUAAUGCCUCCCAGUGGCACAGCAGUAUGUCUGUGGACUUACAGUGCUAGAAACUGGGUUUCAAUACCCGUGG